CUGGUGGCGCACUAAAUGUCGCAAUCGGUCGCAGCCGAUCGUUCGAACGGCUCGUUGAAGGAAGGGGUCGAACACUUUCUCUCGGACGCGGCGAACCAGCGUCGAACGGGUGUACGAGCCGACGAGAGGAACACUCGGUCACGAGUUUUUACCAAAGGAACAACUAGUCCGCCGUCACGUUUCCGUCACGGUGCUCCUCUGCCACCCGUAGAACAGCGUUCCAAGAUGAGAUUGACGCAAGUUUCUUCCAUUCUUGGGUGUUGGUUCUUGGCAGUGAUGUUGGUGGACGCCGCGCCGAAUCCACAGGAGCAACCAUUUUUCAAUCUUCCCGUGCAACUGAUCGGCUUUCCGGUGAUCGUGGCCACUGUGAGGAUCACCAACUUCGUAAAGAAACUUGCCUACUCGUUGAACCCAGAAACUUACGUCAGCCGAGUGAGACGAGAUCUUCCUCUGGUCCACGACGAAGAGAUCCUCAACGUCGAUCAAGUGGAGAAGAAGUUGGUAUCGGAAUUGGGCAACAACGUUUGCGUUUAUGAGAGAAUUUGCGCGAAAUAUGCUACCCAAACUCUGCAGAAACGAAGCAGGGAACGAGUUCUUGAUUGGGACAUUAUUUUCAGCGAGUACAAAUCAUCGCCGAUCCCGAUGAAGGAGAAUUAUUUAUUGAGCGUGUUCCUGGGCGACAUCAUAGGCAGCCCGCGACUCUGUCACCAGUUGGCGAAACGAGGAAGAAGCUGCGACGAGGGCACGCUCUCCGAUUAACUGUAAAACACAACUGCGAACACCGCCAUUUGCGAACACCGAUUGUAAAUAAUCCCGUGUUCCCACUUGAAUCGCCAUUUGAUUCCUUGGUAAAUCUCCUUGGAAAUUGCGGGAGUUCGCAAAGGAUAGAGAAAGCAGGCGAUGAUUGGAGCGUUUUAAUUAAUUGUUGGUCGUUUCCUUUAUCCGAAGAUUACCCGCUUCUCUGACAAUUUAUUCACUUAACUGUACUUUAUUAUGGUGGAAUUUAAAUGGAGUAGAAUGUGAACGUGUGAGGAAGGUGUAGUUGCAACAAUUGUAUAUAAAUUUUUAAUUAUACAUCGUCAAGAACAAA